UUCCUGACAAGCGGCAAAAACUUUUUUGUGAAUAAUUUGUCUAUUUUAUGGUAAUUUAACAGGAUUUAAGCACCAAAUAUCGCUCAAAAUGGAUUUAUUUAAUCUCGAGAGCUACACAAAAGACCAACAACAUUACGAUCCAAACAGCGAUAGUCAAGUAAUUUUUGAUGAAACCGACGAGAAUUUGCAAGAAAUGGACUCACAAGAUGACAUUCCCAUGGAAACUUCGCACACAUCGAGCACCGAAAACCAUCCGACAGCAGAAGAACAGAACGAAUCUCAUACAGGAUCAGAAUCUGAGACGGAAGAGAACGGAGGUGACCUUCAAGUCGAUAUUAAUGAAAAGCUAAAAGAGUUGAAUUCACUUUUUAAGCCAACAAAAGGUCGUAAAAAGGCAACAAAGACAUCGACACCCGUCACAAAAGGCAAAAAAGGACAACUAACGAAGCAAGAUAGCGGAUCGAUAAAAUUCACAUCGACAAAAAAAGUUGCGGGAAAAGUUGUGUCCGUGACUUCUGGCAGUACAGCUUCCGUUCGUCGUACUCGCAGUGAUGAAACCCACACGUUACAAGCUCCCGCUCCGCUUGGACGACGCCGAUCCGGAAGAAUUGCCGAAAAAAGUCGUAGUCCAGCAAAAGUACAACAAAAUGAACCGUCGCCGAGAAAAAAGAACAGAAAUCCACGCAAUCAAACAGAAGAAGGAAUUGAAGUUAUUGAUCUCAUUAGUGCACCGCCGUUAGUUUUGCCCGGAGUUAUCAACUUGGAUUCCGACGACGAGGAUAAUCAAAAACACAAAGCCCGUCACGCUGCUUCGCAUGAUGCCUCCUUCGAAGACAACUACGAAAUGUCGAUCAAACUUCGCUGGAACGGGAGCAUACAAAAGUAUCCAUUGCGCAAAUAUCAACAUUUCCAAGAUUUGAUUGAAAAAUUAGCAAAAUCCGAAAAUGUCGAGCCAUCGCAAGUGAUUUUGACGUUAGGCGAUUCGAAAAUUAUUCAACCUCAAGACACACCGGAUUCAAUUAAAUACAACAUUUCAAUGAUUUUGUCUGGUCGAUCAAUCAGCGGCGAACUCGUGCCUACACAAACUCUCAACAAAAAGCCAAAACGUGACAAAAAUAUGAUCAAAAUCCGCGUUCAAUCCGUCGAAAUGAAACGCCCGCUUGAAAUGUACAUCGAUAAAACGCGCAAAUUCGCAGCUACGCGUCACACAAUCGCAGAAGAGCUGAAAAUUGACUCGGAAAAGCUUCGAUUGAAAUUUGACGGAGAACUUAUUGACUUGGAUGAGGCUCCUGUUGACUUGGAUUUCGAUGGUGGCGAGAUGAUUGAUUGCGAAAUUAUAUAAACGGACUGAAAUUCCUUAAUUAGAAAAUUAUUUAUCAUUCCUUAAAGAAAAAAAUAGAUUCAAUAAAUAAUAUUUGUUUUAAUAAAUUUUCUAAAAUUGAAUUUUUACACAAAAAUUACAUUUGUUUCUCCGAAAAACGUUAAUAAAUAAGACAAUUUCGAACGAUUUAAGCGUAAAAGUUUAAAAUUUGACGAUUUUUAUAUUAAAAUUUUUGGUGAAAAGCUUAUUGUGCAACAGCAGCUUUGGUUUUUUUGGUGG